CUUGCGUGAGGACGUGCGUAGAUAACCAUUUCAACUUUAGCAGUAUUACGAGCAUCGGAAAAAAGAAACAAAAAUUUUAAAAAAUAGUUGAACUGCACUGAAACCGCAGGAUUGAACCCUACGUCUGCUGUGACGUGCGUGUGUGUGAGAUGCAGUUUGUGUGCUUCUGACAUAGCAUUUACGAAAACAGAAGGCGGAAAAUAGGGAAAAGGAUCCGACGAAGGAUCUGCUAUAGCCCCAAACUGUGUGUGUGUGUAAGGCUGUUGCUUCUUCGCUCCAGUGAAUGUGUGUGUGAGUGCGAGUGUGUUUGUGCAGUCACGUGUUCUAAGAUGAUUUUAACGAGUUCCGUGAUACGCGAAAUGAGAUAAGGAACGAGAAAGAAGCAAAAUCGGGCGGAGCAAACGGCUUAGGCGGGCACAAAAAGGAGCAACAAGGAGCAACAAGGAGCAACAAGGAGCCACGCAGCCAAAGCCAACAACCAAAUCCCCGUUCGCUAGGACACACAGGAUACUUGCUCGGUGCGCCUUAAAGGAUUCUCUGAUAAAUCAACCGAAAAUUGCAUAAAAUAAAAUUGUUUGCCAAAUUGUGCGCAGCAAAUGAACCAAAGAACAAAAAACAAAACCCGAUAUUCACAUGUUAAAUAUGACUAGCCAGUUACAUUGAAAGUACAACAAAAUAAAAAAGAGAAAACUUACGCAAAUAACCUGAAGAACCAUACGAUAAACUAGCAACAUGCGGUUUCCACAAAAUGCCCAUCAAACGGCAUUGACCACAAUACUUCUGGCGCUCACAUUGGAGAUGACCGCGGCAUUACGGGAUGUCCGGGUUCGAGUUCCCCACGCGGUGAGGCGUAGUGAGAAGGCCAUACUGAAAUGCUUCUAUGACAUCGAGGAUGACAGUCUGUACUCGGUGAAAUGGUAUAAGGGCAGACGAGAGUUCUACCGGUACACUCCAAAGGAAACGCCGCCCAUGAAGGUCUUUCACUUCCCAGGAGUCAAAGUGAGGCGCGUGUCCUCAAACGAGAGCCAAGUGGUACUCGAUGCGGUAACAAUGGCUACAUCCGGUAAAUACAGUUGCGAAGUAUCGGCGGAUGCGCCCUCAUUUCAUACAUUAAUAGCGGCAGCAGAAUUGGAAGUUAUUGAAACGCCCCACAAUGCGCCAUUCAUAACAGGCAUACGUCCUCGAUACCGGGUCGGCGACAUAUUGCGAGGUAAUUGCACAUCGCGACACUCGCGGCCGGCGGCCAAUCUCACAUGGACAGUGAAUAAUGAAGAGGUAAAUCCUGCUCUAGUGCGACACCAUAAAAUACUUCGUGAUGCUCGUAAUGACAUGGAAACUGCAGUUGUAGGUAUCCACUUUGUAGUCACCGAUCAGCACUUUGAUAACGGAAAGCUUAAGCUCCGCUGCAGUGCCCAAUUGCACGAUGUUUAUUGGAAAACCACCGAAAAGAUUGUUCUUGAAGCAGACCUUUUUCCAAAACACGGAACUGGGGCCAACGGAAAUCAUGUAAAUCCCGACGAUUUCUAUGAUCAAUAUGCCCUUCACGAGGAUCACUUGCACAAUAAAAAGAACAGCUAUCUGACGCAGCUACAGGAAUUCUUUUUCUAUCAUUUUGUACCCUCAGGCGAAGAAGACGACGGAAGCGAGGGCGGAUUAGGGGAUGGAGGAGCCGCCUGGCGAGGAGCCGGUUCGUCCAGUUCCCGCCUGAGUCCGAGCUCAAGUCAAUCCUGUUGGAUGGUCGGUUGGUCGCUAAUGGCGGUCCUCAGUUGGACGCUGGCCAGGCAAUUAGUGUCGCCGUUGCAGUCGAUGAUGACAAAGACCGACGGUGCAACGUGCAACAUGAGGGAAAGGUGCACAAGCCGGCGGACAAGACCCCAUGGAAUGCGGGUCAGCGCAACAAAGCAAAAGCAAAAGCAAGAGCAAAGGCAAAUGCAGCAGGGGCAUUGCAAGUGCUGCCUGCGGGUGUCGAAAAGCAGCUGGAAAGGACGUGGAUAUGUGUGUGGAUGUGGAUACGGCAGGAUCAACAGCAGAUGUAUCAGGCAAUUAACAUGAUUCAAUUGUCACACAACUCCAGUGCCACAAGCCGCCAGGGGUGGAAAUUAAAACGGAGUCCAGCGAAAGCUAUAGUUAGAGGAUGUUGGAGGAGAAUUCAGCCCAAGGCCAAGACCCAGAAGCAACUGCAGGAUGUAUCCAAAGUACUUACACUAACAAGACACCAGACACUCGUUUCAGCUAGCUCAAAGUAACUUCAAAUGCAUUUAAGGCAAGAAUACAAAACAUACAAACAUACAAAGACAAUGUAAGCCAGAUACGCGAUAUACAAGCCAAGCGCCAGUUCAUCAAAAAUGCAACGAUAUCUAUUUGUUUGACUUUCCCAAGAUGGAGAUGGUCAAGAGGUUUACGCUUUUGACAGCUUUCAAAAAUAAGAUUUCUCGUAUUUCUCAUAAUGCUAAUAUUAUAUUUCGAAACCUCUCCAGAGAUCAUUUCACGAAGCAAAUGAAAAAUGUUGUGCUAAGCUUUUAAAUUUAGGUUCUCUAUACAUUUAUAUUUAUAUAUACAAAUUCAAGUUUAUUUAUAAAACGUAUAAAUGAUAUUUAUAUAUAUGUAUAUGUUCUAUAUAAAAACAAAAUUAUAACAUAUGCGCCUAAAUGUAUUUGCCCCAAAAAGAAAACAAAAGGCAAGAGUAAGCAAUUAGGUCUUAAGUCUAAAUAUUGCCUAUAUAUGUAAAAGUAUAUAUGUAUUGUAAUUGUAUAUAUUAUAUAAAAGAAGCAAAAAACAGAGACAUGUAUGAUAUAAGAAUUUACGGUAGAUAAUCAAAAUAA